CCUACCGGCGCUGUAGACUACUGUACGGACGAUGGAGUAGUAGUACCUAGUGUCUGCCUUGCCCAGAGUGGAUUCUCGAGUCCAAAGAGCUUCCAAGCUAAUCCCAAGGCCGACUUAGAGUGACAUCGUUCGUCUCCUCUUAAAAGACACCGAUAAAUUCUCUUCUUCUGAUUACUGUCAUCCUCUCCUUUCCUCCAUUCAUUGCCACAUCUCUUUGACUCUUCAUUCCUUGCGAGCUCCUCUUUCAACAAGAGCUUCGUCAUCUUCUCAUCCUCAUCGAUGCGUUCUUCGUCUUGUUGAAUGCGGAUGUCUCCCUCUCGUAGCAAUUCUUGCUGAUCGCGUGCCCCGUCGUGGGCUAUGCGAGUUCCCCUAUCCGAUUAAAAUAACAUAACAUAACAUAAUCAUUAUCGCUGAGAAGCUGCCAUCUUCUCCUUGAUCGUCAUGCACUUCUCCAAGCUCUCCGAGCUCGUCGAUCAACUCGUUCGAGUCGUCCGAGAUUCCCCCGCGCACACCUUCGACCGGUGGUGGAGUGUAUCGCGGAAAUUCUUCUUCACCCUGACCUUCAUCUCACUGAUCUGGGCCAAAUUCUUACACAUAGCUGCUCAUCUCUACUCAUUACCGCCGGCCAAAUUGCUUCUGUGGGGUCCGACCUUCUUUUUCCAGGAUGUCAUCUUUAUCCUUGUCGUCCGUCUGCUCACCCAAACCAUCCCCUGGCGACCUGGCGCCGUUCUCGCUGCACUAUGCACUGUGCCAUUCAGUUUGCUGAUGUCUGGCAUGGCGUCUUCCGCCACCUCCUUUUACGUCGUGACCGGCGCCGAGAUCCACUGGCGACAAAUCCGCACUUUUCAGAGCGAUGCGGCUGCCUUUCGGACCCUACUCACCGGAUUGACAGGAUUUCUAAUCGUGGAAGCCAUCAUAAUUGCCGCCUCCUGGUUCCUGGCGGCACCCGUCCACCGAGUCACGGGUGGGGUCUUACGGAUCCUGGUGACUCCCCUGCAGAGGCUAGCGCAACGGAUCUGGAGUAUUCGCUGCCCGCAAUGGAGGAGGAAGACCAGUCCCAUGGAUCCCGAGCGGUAUGAACAGAUUGCGGUGGAUGAUUACCUGGACGACAAGAGUGAGGACGGAGACUCGGUGUUUCUCCUCGACCCGAUGAGUCACGAGACCCCCGUCAGACAUCACGAAUCGCUGUUCAAACGUCUGGCCGUCUUCCUCUUCUUCGGCGCAUAUGUGCUCCUCCGAUGCCUUCGCCCCCCAAUCCUUCACUACCGCUGGCUGGAAGGUCGCACGGCGCUGGAUAAGGUGCCGAGGUGGGAUUGGCUGCCGAGCGAUCCGAUCGCCGGGUUCGAGGAUUGGUAUCCGGGAUUCGAGGACGAUCAUCCACCGCAUCAUGGACCGCAUCACGGACCGGAUCACGGACCGGAUCACAAACCGCAUCAUCGCCGUCGUCCUCCACCGCUACAUUACAACCCGGCCCAGGAUCCGUUGCACAUCCCCAAUCUACAGAAUCCCGUGCUAGAGCCCCUGAAGGAAGCACUCGCCAGCGGAAACGUGAGCAUCAAACACGUCAUCCUGCUGAAAUUGGAGAGCACCCGCGCGGACGUCUUUCCGCUGCGCAAGGACUCGUUCAUGUGGAACCGCAUCGCUGAUUCCCACACGAACCACACCAUCCCCGAUACCGUGCAGCACAAACUGGCCGAGUUGACCCGAACAGCGGAGUAUCUCACCGGCUUUGAUUCGGGCUUCCCGCGCGACCCUGCUGCACACAAUGGUAGAAAAGCGUUCGGCGGCAUCAGCGCCCGCAAUGCCUUCACCACGGGCACCUACACGCUCAAGAGCCUGGUCGGAACCCUCUGCGGCGUUACCCCACUGGUGACCGACUUCAACCGCGAGUACAAGCAUCACAUCUACCAACCGUGCAUGCCGCAUGUCCUGAACGCCCUGAACCGUCAGAUUGACAUCGCGAACCGAACCAAGGAUUUCACCUCGUGGCCCUGGCACUCCAAGUGGAUGCAGUCCGUGACCGAGGGCUACGACAAGCAAAACGAGCUGACGCCGCGACUGGGUUUCAAGGACAUUCUCGCUAAGGAGCAGCUGGAAAGCCCCAGUGCCAAGCACUGGCCGGUCAAGUCGAAGGAGAUCAACUAUUAUGGAUACCCCGACACUGAGCUCCGCGAGUACUUUCGCGAUGCCAUCGACGACGCCGAGCGGGAGCACAAGCGACUGUUUAUCACCCAUCUGACCGGUACGACUCACCAUCCGUGGGGUAUGCCAAAUAACAGCUACCAGCACUUUAUGGGCGACAAGAACUUCAAGGCCAAGGAUGAUCUCAACAAAUAUCUGAACACCAUCGGUUUCAUUGACAACUGGCUGGCGGAGAUCAUGGACAUUCUCAAGGAGAAAGGAGUUGCAGACGAGACCCUGCUCGUCAUGGCCGGCGAUCACGGAUUAUCUCUUCCCAACGACGGAGGGGUCACUCCCUACGACAAUCCGCAUAUCGGUAGCUUCCAGGUUCCCAUCGUGUUUGCGCACCCCAAACUCCCGCCCGUCGAGAUCACGUCGCCCGUAAUCUCGGACCAGAUCGUGCCGACGAUCCUGGAUCUCCUGAUCGAGUCCUCUUCGCUGGAGAAAAAGGCCACCCGUGCGGCCAAGGACGUGCUGUCCCUCUAUGAAGGCCAGUCGAUGAUUCGGCCCUUGAUCCCCGAACAGGACGGCAAGCAAGACUGGCAGUUCACCGUGAUGAACACGGGCGGGUCCUGGCUGGCAGUGCGCUCCGCCGCCAAACCAGCCUACCGACUCGUCAUCCCCCUCAUCGACGAUCUGGAGUGGCGGUUCACGGAUCUGGAAAAGGAUCCCAACGAACUCCACCCGAUCAAGAACUUUGAUCUGAUUGAUCUGGCCCGCAAACUCGAAAAACAGUACGGGCCGGAAGUGACCAACUGGGUCCGGGACGCCGCUCAUGUUGCCUCAUGGUGGGUGGGAGAAAACUGGCGUCGCUACCGGUAUCGUCCCGGGCCCAAGCACUGACGAUUGCAUAUUUUCUGGCCUUCUCUUUUUUUUUAAGUUCUCCCCUUGUACAUGCUCUUAAGCUCUGCCGUUUGCAUUUUCAUAUCACAUAUUGCAUCUUGUCGAUAUACCCGACCUCCAGGCGUACACACCUUCCCAGUUCGUUGGAGUCCCAAACAAAC